CCUGUGUUUCUGGGGAUGCGCUGUUGUGCUUGUUUAUCUCAGCAGCAAACCCUGCAGUGUUCUCCAUCCAAAAUGGCUGCGGAGGAGGAGAGCAAUAGCAGAGCUCCAUGUCUCAAUUUCUCCAGUCCCGGACCUCUAGGUAAUGCUCAGCCGAGCAACAACGCCCAUUCCUCGCCCGCUACAAACGAGGGGUCAGCGGGUGCAACUGGAGGAGCACCACGGACAGCGGGACACUCAAACCCUCAACCAGGCCGUGACAGUGGCGCCGAUGUCAGAGUAGAGACUUCCCCGAAUAGGCAACACACUACGCCACAGUCAGCGGGUCAGAGUGCCACGGCUGCCCGGGAACCGACAGCCGCAGGGGGAGCGUCAGGAGCUGCGACAAACAUGACAGCCUCGACAGCAGCCUCCGUGGAGCCCCCGAACAUCCCAUCCUCACUUCCCAGUAGCCCCGCAUCUGCGGCCGUAUUGGUUUAUCGGGAGCCAGUGUACAACUGGCAGGCCACAAAAAACACCGUGAAAGAAAGGUUUGCGUUUCUGUUCAACAACGAGGUGCUGAGUGACGUGCAUUUUCUGGUGGGGAAGGGAAUGGGAGUGCAGCGGAUACCAGCACACAGGUAAGCGAUGCAUGAUUGUUGAAAUAUGCUUAUUUCAGUUUUGCUCGUUUACAAACCAUUCAAUCUUUGCCUAUUCAUGCUUAUGUAUUCGAUUCACCACCAGUUGCCUACAUGGCCUAAUAUAAAUGUUCUGCAGUGCCUAUGAUGACAAUUGUGCUAUAGUGGGUGAGGUCGAGUGUAGGCUAGGCUUCCUCUGUUUGUAGUGAUAUAUCCAUAUGUGCGCAUGACCAUUGUAUGUUGGCAAAUCAUUGUAGAGGGUACGUACAUCAAUGCAACUCCUGGGCUAAUGACUGACCAGGAAGACUACAGUUAUAAACACAAAUUAUCCAAUACAUUAAUAUAUCCCUCAUAUUAAUCACGACCCUCUUUUUCUCGGCAGAUUUGCCCUUGCCGUAGGAAGUGCAGUAUUCGAUGCCAUGUUCAAUGGCGGUAUGGCCACCACCUCGACUGAGAUCGAGCUGCCUGACGUGGAGCCGGCUGCAUUCCUUGCCCUGCUCAAGUAAGAUUAUAGAGAAGACAUAUCUGGCACACCCAUUUGACUGUAAAGUAGCAACUACCCAGUUUACUCCUUUUGAUGUCCUUAAGAAGGAGCCAAUUUAGGGGGUCCAUUUGCGUCUUCAAGGUUAAAUUCUAAAUGUAGUGAAAUUGCCUUUUUUGAAUUAACAAAUUCCCUAAAAUAGUAUUGACAUUUUAAUAAUGUCUUCAAAUUGAUACUGUAACUACACUACGAGGUAUGUAUGGGUUGUCUGACUGUGCAAACUGUUGCGAAUCCAGGUUCUUGUACUCAGAUGAGGUGCAGAUAGGACCUGAGACUGUGAUGACCACACUGUACACAGCCAAGAAGUAUGCAGUGCCAGCCCUAGAGGCCCACUGUGUGGAGUUCCUCAAGAAGAAUCUACGUGCUGACAAUGCAUUUAUGCUGCUCACUCAGGUAGCUAGCUCACAGUUGCACUGCUGCUUGUAAUGUAUGGCCACAUCUCAAAUUAAUAUCUCUAUUCCCUAUACAGUGACAUGGGAAAUAGUUUGUCAUUUAGACCUAUACAUGCCAGCAUGGCCCGAUAAUAUUUUUGGUAUAUUAGAUUGUUCUGGCAGUUCUCACAUAGAAACUUAAUUGGGAGGAAGAAUGUUUGAUAUGCUUUUUACAUUUGUAACACAACCAUUUUCUUUUUUGAAAAUCAUGAUGAAAGUGGCAAUUUUAGGCCCUUUUUCGACCUAUACAUGCCCCCUGUAAGACCCAAUGAUCAGUGAACCGUACAUGAUACAGACAACACCUUGGUGUCAUUAUACUCCUAGUGCUCUAAAAUAUGGAGGCAUGCUGUCAUGGAAUCGCCCCAUUGGCUAGGAUGGGAUAUAGGGAAAAGGGUGUCAUUGGAAAUGGAGACUUGUAAUAACAUGGUUAUUACAAAUGAUAAGACUGUGAAAACCCCGUAUUUCUAGAUAGUCACUAGGUAUGGAUAUUAGAAUAGAGCAAGCGGUUGAUAACAGCAUGAUUGCUGCAAGCUGUUUGCUAACACCGGUUGUUUGUUUCAGGCGCGGCUCUUUGACGAACCUCAGCUGGCCAGCCUCUGUCUGGAGAACAUCGACAAGAACACAGUGGAUGCACUCGCUGCCGAGGGCUUCACUGAUAUUGACCUAGGUAAAGCUCAUUAUGCUCCCUCUGUCUGUCUAUCACACACACUAGGGAAAGGGGCAUAGGAGAUUGUCUUCAGACAAAGGACAUGUUCUGAGCAUGAUGUGAGAUCUUGUCUCCUGUAGACACGCUGGUGGCGGUGCUGGAGAGGGAUAAUCUGGGGUUGCGGGAGGUGCGUCUGUUUGGGGCAGCGGUGCGCUGGGCGGAGGCAGAGACCCAGAGGCAGCAGUACCAGCCCACUCCAGAGAACAAGCGCAAAGUGCUGGGCAAAGCCCUGGUCCUUAUCCGCUUCCCUCUCAUGACCAUCGAGGAAUUUGCUGCAGGUAGCUCACACCACUGUGGUUGUUUUCUGUCCUGACACCGUCUGUCUAUUGAGUGCAAAGUUACACGCUAUGAAAGGCACUAAACAUUUGGUAGCAACAUACUUGGCAACCAGACCCAGUGGACACAAGCUAAACCGAACCGUGAAAUUUAGUCACUUUUCCAGAUUGGGAUUUGAGUAUUUUGUGUCUAUGUACGUAUAUGACUAUUUCUACUUAACAGGUCCAGCCCAGUCUGGUAUUCUUAGUGACCAGGAGGUGGUGAGCCUGUUCCUUCACUUCACGGUGAACCCCAAGCCUCACGUGGAGUUCAUCGACCGGCCUCGCUGCUGCCUGCGGGGGAAGGAGUGCAGCAUCACACGCUUCGGACAGGUGGAGAGCCGCUGGGGCUACAGUGGGACCAGUGACUGCAUCCGGUUAGUACACACACACCAAUGACUACAUACCUGACUUGGGCAGGAGCUCACUGGAGCUGAGCACCGGGCACCUCAAAUGUUCUAGUGCUUGAGCUCCUGUUCCUCUUAUAGAACAUCAGCUCAAAAGUAUUGUGGAGCUCCUGCACCUAAAUAUAAACAGUACCGGCACCCAAAUUGAGUACCGGCCCCUAUUUCAGACCAAGUCAAGCACUGCAUACAUAGUAUCUCAAUUCAGUAAAGGUUAACCUUCCAUAUCCUUUUCUGCCUCUCCUAGGUUUUCAGUGAAUCGGAGGAUAUUUGUGGUGGGAUUUGGCCUGUAUGGUUCGAUACAUGGUCCUACAGACUACCAAGUCAAUAUACAGGUAAAGAGGAAUAUCAUCUACUAGUUACAGUGGGUGCUGCGUAGAGAAACAUACUCGGGUAGUUCAUGUUACUGUGAAAUAUCAUUUGUUACGAAUUAUUUACCUGGUUAAAUAAAGGUCAAGUAAAUAAAUACUGACCAAUGCCGUUGGUCUCCCUCUCCAAGAUCAUUCACACAGACAGCAACACUGUCCUGGGUCAGAACGACACAGGCUUCAGCUGCGACGGUUCCUCCAACACAUUCCGGGUCAUGUUUAAGGAACCAGUGGAGAUCCUGCCCAGUGUCAACUACAUCGCGUGUGCCACCCUCAAGGUACAGCACCACCAUUUACAUAACUUUUUUAAAACAAAAAAUGCUGUACAUUGUAACCGAUCAGUCUUCAAGUACAUAUUGAAUACACUAAGGAAGCAUUUUUAAAUCCUCCAUUGAGAUACAGCUACACCACAAUUAUCCAUGCCUUUCAGGGACCAGACUCUCACUAUGGCACCAAAGGCAUGCGUAAAGUGACCCACGAAGCCCCAGCCACCGGCACCAAGACCUGCUUCACCUUCUGCUAUGCUGCAGGAAACAACAAUGGCACUUCAGUAGAGGACGGACAGAUCCCUGAGGUCAUCUUCUACACAUAA